GCUGGGCUGAAAGCACAUCACAGGACAGUAUAAGCUAUAGGUUGAUUCAGUGAAACAUGCGGACUCUCAGGUGAUUGGCUGGGGGUAGAUGACAUCAUUGAAAGUCCGCUUCCUCAGUCGCGCGCGCUAAACUCCUGGAAAGAGAUCAGAGCCGCUCGCGCAGAUGGGAGCCACAUCUGGCGGAUCGUAAACUGAGUUGAUUUAGAGAAAACCACGCGCCCGAGGUGUGUUUAGGUGAGCCGCCAGUCACGAUGGUCAGAGUCAUAAUGAGCUUCUCCCCUCUGGCGAGAGCCGCGCGCGUCAAGAACGCAUGAUGUGAAAAACAAAGUCAUCCCGCGCAACAUGAGGACAGCCCUUCUAAUAAUAUUGAGGACAAACUUGACGGAGUGAAAGAGGAAGUGUGGAUUCUUUUUCUAUUUUUUUUUUCUUCUGGCUGGCUGAGCAUUUUUAAAAUCAUGCAACAUGAAUGUAACUAACAGCACUGGAGCAGAGGGACUCGCGCCCUGGAACUUCAACGGCUCAUUGAGCAACGUGUCCAGUGAUGCCAACUUCAGCUGUGACAGCGGCAGCGCUAAUGGCUCGUGUGCAGCGGUUGAGGCGGGCGGCGAGAGCCCGUACAAGGCGGUGGAGAUGGUCUUCAUCGCACUGGUUACUGGAUCCCUCAGUUUUGUCACCGUUGUGGGCAACAUCCUCGUCAUGCUCUCAAUCAAGGUUAAUCGACACCUACAGACCGUCAACAACUACUUCCUUUUCAGCCUGGCCUGUGCAGAUCUCAUUAUCGGUGUGUUCUCCAUGAACCUUUACACCGUCUACAUCAUCAAGGGCUACUGGCCGCUUGGCCCAGUCGUGUGUGACCUGUGGCUCGCGCUGGAUUAUGUGGUCAGCAACGCUUCUGUCAUGAACCUGCUAAUCAUCAGCUUUGACCGAUACUUCUGUGUGACCAAACCCUUGAGUUAUCCUACACGCAGAACCACCAAGAUGGCUGGCCUCAUGAUUGCCACCGCCUGGAUCAUGUCUUUCAUCCUGUGGGCUCCCGCUAUCCUGUUCUGGCAGUUCAUCGUCGGAGAACGGACCGUAGAGCAUGGCGAAUGUUAUAUCCAGUUCCUUUCCAACCCAGCGGCCACGUUCGGCACAGCCAUUGCUGCGUUCUACCUGCCGGUGGUCAUCAUGACGGUGCUUUAUGUGCACAUCUCUUUGGCCAGCCGCAGCCGUGUGUCCAAGCAAAAGCCCGAGGCUAAGAAAGAGAAGAAAGGCCAGAAGUCAAGCGGCCUGCUCAAGAGUCACGUCUUGAAGCAGGACAACAACAACCAGUCCCCUCCAAAGCCCAGCCUGGAUACCUGUUCUACAGUAGACACUGUGAAGAACGGCAAACUAGACGAGUCUGUGGUAUCAGCUAAAGCUGACUCGUGCGUGCAGCCGGAGAAGGAGAGCUCAAACGAGUCCAGCACGGCCAGCAUAGCGCAUAAAGAGCCCAAAGAGCGAGCAAACAGUGAAGUGACUUCAGAGGCUGGCCUGACACCCGCACCAACAGCCGCACCUAAAAUCAACCCUCAAUCCAAAUGGUCCAAGAUCAAGAUAGUCACCAAACAGGCAGGAGACGAGUGCAUCACAGCCAUCGAGAUCGUCCCACCGAACAGCACCGGCGAGAGGCGCUCCAUCCCCGUCAACCGUCCCCGCACGGUGGCGCGCAAGUUUGCCAGCAUCGCCCGCAGCCAGGUGAAGAGGAAAAGGCAGAUGGCGGCGCGAGAGAAGAAAGUGACAAAAACAAUCUUCGCCAUCCUGCUGGCCUUCAUCAUCACGUGGACGCCAUACAACGUGAUGGUCUUAAUCAGCACGUUCUGCCAGUCGUGCGUUCCAGACACAGUCUGGGCCAUUGGCUACUGGCUCUGCUACGUCAACAGCACCAUCAACCCCGCUUGCUAUGCACUCUGUAACGCCACCUUCAAAAAGACCUUCAAAAACCUGCUCAUGUGCCAGUAUAAGAACAUCGGCACCAGAUGAACUGAGGAAAGAAGCAGCCAGCAGAGAUGGAGGGUGUGAUAUGGAGAGUAUAAAGGCUGUCCGUCCUGGCUCUUCUGACCCCCAUACCUUUGAAGCUUCGGAAGGUAUUGCACAGUACAUUGAGAGGCAUGAUAGUCCCAUAAUGCUAAACAGUGCGUUAUGAUCAAAACGUAAUAUAUUAAGGAAUCAGUGUUUACAAGAAGAUGAUGGAGCGAUAGACAAUAAGCUGAUUCACUGAAGAAAUCAAGACUUUUUCAGUAAUCUGAUCAUUGCUGCACUGCUAAGACCACUGAACUCUGCACUACAUCGACAUGAAGAUCAGGCUGCGAAUGACAUUAAAUUAGAUGGCUCAUUAUUUCCAACAGUGAAGAGAGAGAAUCCCAGCAAAUAUAAACCAGAAGAGACUUGGUGAAUUAAGGGAAUUUAUUGAUUCAUUUAUAUUCCCAGUACAGCACAAAUGGUAUCUAUCAAAUCCUUUUGGUUAGUA